AUGGAGUGGAGAAACCUUCCAACGGAUUUGGUAGAGAAUAUACUCUCUAGGAUUCCAGCUAUGACUCUGGCAAGAUUUCGAUCAACAUCAAAACAAUGGAGCGCUAUAUUGAAAUCCACUAGCUUUGCUAAGAUGCACACUGCCAAAGCACCAAAGAGGGAGGAUGAGUCUCUGAACAUCAUGUUGAUUGAUUCUAAUGUUUUCCAAGUAAGGAUCAGUCUCGGUGCUCCAUAUGUUAAGGUUGCAGAUAAUCCAUUCUACCUUAAAGACCCCCUUUCUAAUUCUUCACAAGUUGGUGUACUUAAUGUCUUUCACUGCAACGGCUUGUUGCUAUGCACCACAAAGGACAAGAGACUCGUGGUUUGGAAUCCAUGUUCAGGGGAAACCACGUGGAUUAAACCUAGAGUCAUCUACAGAGAAUCAGACUACUAUGCUCUCGGUUACACUUACGACAGCAAAUCAUCCAGCAACCAAUAUAAAAUCUUGAGGGUGGAUCGUCAUAAAGAUGUACCACCUAAUAAUGAGUACGAGAUUUAUGACUUCACCUCUAACACUUGGAGAAUUCUUGGGGUUGCUACUGAUUGGUUUUUAGCACUAUAUCGUCGUGGCAUAUCAGUGAAGGGAAAUACUUUUUGGAUUGCUACUCAAGCAUGGAGUCCACAUAACAAUUUCUUACUUAGUUUUGAUUUUUCAGCAGAGAUGUUUCAAAGUCUAUCUCUUCCUCGUCCGUUUCCGUAUAGUAUAUUGGCUUUAUCUGUGGUUAGAGAAGAGCAACUUUGUCUCUUAUCUUUAACGAAUGAAGAGUUACAAGUGUGUGUGACAACUAGUACCGGAUCAUGGAGUCAGCUCCUAGUCCUAGAUUUGACCUUUCAAUAUGAGAUAAGUAGUAGUCAGUUUUCUAAAGGGAUGAGUUUCCUGGCAGACAAGCAGAGCAAGGUUGUAAGGUGUUUGAACUCCGACAACGUCUUAUCCACUGUGCAAGAAAAUAAAGACAUACAAGUGAAUCGGCUUGGAAGAGGCAAAAGGGAAAGCAUCACGCAUGAUAAUUUUGAGUCUAGCUCAGUUCUUCUGAAUUAUGCUCCAAGUUUAACUCAAACCCAACAAGAUUAUACACGCAAAAGGAAAUCACCAAGUACGUGA